AUGUGGACUCUUGAUCUCUGCGAGUUCGUCCUUCCUGGGCUAAAAGGAUUGUUUUAUUCCCCGUUCGCUCUUUUUUUUUUUUUUUUUUAUUUUUUUUAUACAAAUGAAUUGUAUUUUAAUAGGAUUGUUAAAAAGGAGAGCAAGCUCUAAAUCCUCGUUUUUUAUCGCUAUAUCGAAAAAAACUUUGCAUUUCAAGAGGUAGUUUUGACAUAAAUAAAUGAAUUCUUAGUUUCACAAUAUUGAUUGAGGUUUUGCCUAUCGCGAGUCGCAUGGAGAAUGUUAGUGAAAGGAACAGCAUGUUCAAAUUCCGAAUCCUUCACUCGAGGAAAAAAAUUUCCAAAAGAUUGUCAAUAUGUUGGAUUUGAUUUCGAUUUAAUAAAAACUUAUGCUCCUAUUUGGUAAAAACCACGUAUUCUACGUUGGUGUCUAUUGAACACGUUACAAAAACCAAAGGGAAAUAUUUGGAGCGAAUUUUUCAAUUUCUUCGACAAAGUUUUAACGUAAUUUGCUUAGGAUCGAUGAAGAUCUCCGUCACCAAAAUUCUGUGCCAAGUGAAGAGAGAUAAGUCACCGGAAUUAUUUUCAGUUAAUGUUUAAUCCGGAAAGGUUUUUAGGCGUGUCUAUUUGUUAUUCCUAUCCGUUCUUUUAAUCAUUUCGUUGCCUCCUCUUCUCAGCCAAGUGGAAAUGGCAUGUAGUGUCGUCCAUGCUGUAUUGAAGAAAGUCGCGGUUGUGGUUCGACGGACAUCAAAGGGUGAGGGAAAUGAUUGAAAGAAAAAAAUGAUAAAAGUGUAGUGAAAAAAGAACGUCAGUGGAGGUAGAGGUUAAAAUAUAUGUUAUUGACCAAACAUGACGUCGAGAUGGCUGGAUAUUGGCCGAAUUAUUUUCUUGCGCUUUUAUGGACGGAAACGAAAUCGAGGUACAUAAAAAUGGGGAAAAAAGAAGGUAUUAUGCAGCCAUCUUGACCGAACAUGCUUGCAGAAUAAAGAAAGUAUUGGGCUAAAUGAUUUCACUUUAUUGAGAAUCGAGAGUUGACUUGUUUAUUUCGAGAGCCGGAAGAAAAAGCCAACUGUGUUAACAUUAACAGAGCUUUCAAGCUCUAAAAUAAUGAUCGCGGUUGCCCAACGGUCUGUGGUCCGAACUUCCGAUCCCAAAGUCCGGAUAUAAGCACCGACCAGUUAUUGAUUUGUAUUUAAGGGUAAGCACGCACGCUGCCCGCACAAAACCUCCUUUCACUAUGAGUAUAGAUAUGUACCGCGCUACAUAGAAAUGCUGAGGGAGGGGGGGGUAGUGGGGUCAGCCUGUGAUGGAUGAUCAUGUCAUCUCUUUUUUGUUCCUCAGGAACUAGAGACAAAGAAAAGGAACAAAAGAUCAAAGUCUGCACAAGCGAGUUGAAAGACAUCAAAGAUAUGACCAGUGACGUCAUACACGCAGUGAAAGCCGGGAAGAAAAACAAUACGGAAGAUCCUGUAUCCAUGAAACUGGUGCUGAAAGAACUCCAGUUAGCUUUAGGAACAUUUUUAAGCAGUGCGAGUGCAAGUUGAGCUUUUGUUGACACUAGGUAUAGGGUUACUGAGAUAUCAACAUAAGAAUAUUGCUGACGGGCUAGAUAAUCUCUGAAAGCAACAUUAACUUCCAACAAAGUGGUUCUGUCCAAUAGAAUUGUCUCCGCACGCCCAUAAAAACGCAAAAAUAAAAAAAAGAAUUGUACCGCAGGUGUUCCUGAACGAUUGUAAGACCCCAUUAUAUAACUAUGAGACUACAUUCUCAUCUGUAUCUCAUCUUUUUUUUUUUUUUUUACCUCAGGAGAAGUUAAUUUGAACUCAAACCAAGAUGGACACCAUACCUUCGCUAUUGUCUAUUUUUAUGCGCUCGCAAAACACUAGUCCUCCUUGGCAGAAUAAUCCACUAUGAUCAUAAUACGGUUUCUUCUUAAAUAUUGAAGUAAGACUUGAAUCAGUGGAAGAAGCUCUUGGCUGAGGUUAAACUUACAUUUCGUUUCAGACUCAGAUUGACCUUUCGUUUACUUUUAUCCAAAUCAUAGUGGCCAAAACUAGGUGUGACUCGAGGUGAACGGUACGUGGAACUUGUUUCUACAGUUUGAUUCAUUUAUAGCUUUAGCUUGGUGUUCUAUUUUUCCCACGUACCAGUUAAAAAACAGGUCAGUCAAGCGUUCGGCAUAGAUUAGACCACCACUGCGAUACAGAAGAAUUUCAAAGCCAGGAAACCGUCUUCGAGCCGUCUUCGGGAAAUUUUUACGAUAGUUUGCAGAGUCUUUCGAAGGCCCAAUUUAUUCUCCUCAUUCAAUACUUCCAUCUUUUUCGCAGCUCAGGUAAAGUUACUUUUCAAUUUAAACUGAGAUGAAAAUUGAUGUGUCAUCAGACUUUUUUUCCAUAAAUAUUCCAAUAAUCAGCCUUUGUAAAAUAUUGUUGCCCGCAAGAAGCUAGAAGGGGAAAUCCCGUUUCCUUUACGAAUAUCACCUGCUUAAACAAUUGCCUAAUGUCGUGUGGUCGCUUCCUAAACAUCUGUGGUCUUCUGUAAUACUCUAAAUUGAUAGUUUAACUGGGUUUUUUUUCCUGAAUAACGAACGAUAGCUUGCAGAGUGUUUCAAAGGCCAAAUUUAUUCUGCUCGUGUAUCAGUUCUAUGUCUUUUUUCGUAGCUUAGGGGAAAUUAAUUCUCAAUUUAAACUAAGAUGAAAAUUGAUGAGUCAUCAAACUUGUUUUCCAUAAAUAUUCCAAUAAUCAGAUUUUAUAAAAUAUUGCUACCCGCAGGAAGUAAGACGGGGAAAUCCCACUGCCAUACGAAGGCCGCCUAUUUAAAACAUUGUCUGAUGUUACCUGGUCGCUUGCUAAACAUCUAUCGUCAUUGAUAAUACCAUAAAUUGAUCGUUUAACUGGUUUUUUUCUCCGACUAACGAACUGAUACUUGCAUCGAUGGCAGGACCGUCUGACAAAGGUAAGACUUGCAUUUCUUUCAGAACAGAAUUUCAACAAUCUAUUUGGGGGAGGAAUGGAAAGCGAUGAAAGAGGCUUUCCUUCAGUACAUUUGCAACACUAUAUAUAUUAAUAUCGUUGUGUCUCCUCGCUUCCUACAAAUCCUCUUCGGGUAAUAUUUUCAAUCAUUUAAUGCGUGUCCUGAAGACCUAAUUCAUUGGUAUUUUGACGGUUCGAAACUUGUAAUGAAUCACUUUUUGGUUAGCGACGUCUUAAGCGCUCGACUAGGAUAAUCAGCAACACCUCCGAUGAAAUGCAAAAUUCAGGUGUAAAUAUUAUUGCUAUCGAAACAUAUUCAGCGUUUUCCUUAUUUCAAUUUGCCUCUUUUUGGUGCCACGCCCGAUCGAUUAUGUAUUUAUUACUUUUAUUUGCGAGUUUAGGAACACUUUACGAACCUUCCAAUGGAACCCAAAUAUUGACAAUUGUACAUAACGACACUCUUUUUUUCUUUUUUUUUUUUUUUUUUUUGUUAUCAGCAAUGUGGUUUGCCACCAGGUAAAUCGCAAGGGCGAUUAUUUCAAACAACUGGCUUUAAAACAGCUAAAAACCGGUUUCAAUCGGUUUUGCCCUUGUUAUUAAAAAUUAUUCUUUAUUUCUCCCAAAUUUUAAACGUUAAACGUAUUUAGAAAUGCAAAAUUUUUUAAUAUGCAAUCUAUUGGAGUGUUGGGGUAAACAAGCUCAAACAACACGCGCAAGCGGGAGGCACCAGGCGUCUGAUCAGAAAUAGUUUAUUUACUAUCGGACGCUCGGUCUCUUUCCUCUCAAAAAUUUAGCCCUAGGUACACGCUCCGUUAAACACCUUAGGUCCAUAUCUUUUUCCAAGCUCAGGGAAAAUUGUUUUUCAAUUUAAACCAAGACGAAAAUUAAUGGGUCUUCAAACUUGUUUCCAUAACUCUUCCAAUAGUUAGAUUUUAUAAAAUAUUGUUACACGCAAUAAGCAAUUCAAGAAGGGGAAAUCCCGUUGCCUUUACGAAGGCCACCUGUUUAAACCAUUGCCUAACGUCCGGCGGUCGCUUACUAAACAUCUGUCGUCUUCGAUAAUGCCCUUAUAGAUAGUUUAACUAAGUUUUUCCUCUGAAUAACGAACUAAUACUUGCAUCUAUGACAGGAGCUCUGACGAUGUUAGGGCUUGAAUUUGUUUCAGAACAGAUUUUUAACAAACUAUUUCGAGGAGGAGUACGAAAUGAUGAAAGAGGCUUUCCUUAAGUACAUUUGCGACACCAUAUCAAUAUCGUUGUAUCUCUUUGCUUCCUACAGACCCACUUCGGGUAAUAUUUUCAAUCAUUUAAAGCGUGUUCUGGAGACCUAAUUCAUUGGUGUUUGUAACUUGUAAUUAAUCACCUUUUGGUUAGCAACGUCUUAAAAAUCACCCGUUUGAUAAGUACUCGACAAGAUUAAUCGGUAACACUUCCAAUAAAAUUAGUUUCAGUUGAUCCCAAAAAUAUGUUACUUCGUUUUACUAACUCAAAGAAAACUACAAAGAGAUAAUGCUUCUUGUUUAAAAAUGUGUUUAUAUUUUUAACUUUUACCUAUGUAAGUUGUGUGUUUGUUAGUUUUUUUUUUUUCUUGCUUUUGAUAAAUCAUGGUACUGUUUGAUUACGCCAUAGACGAGGAGUUCCUUACAACUUUACUUUCGACUGGACUCCCUGAUACCGACUUGCCGAAGCGCACGUACCUAAUCACUGUCGUCAAAACCGAUAAUGGUGAGGAGAUUUACAAUGAGCGCUUCAGAAACAUACCUAACGGUGAACAUGCAGAGGAAAGAAUGCUUAACGAUGAGGACUUUCUUCACGCAGUAGAUGAUCAUCAUAAUGUUAAAAUCAUUCUGACUUCAAAUUAUUCACCAUGUAGUAAAUGUGCGCGUAAAUUAAUAAGUUUUUAUAAAAAACGCGAAAGGAAAAUCAGAAAAUUCAUUAUCCAGUUUCCAUUCUUAUUUAAAAUACAAGAAGAAGAAAAUAGGUCUGGCCUCCGACGCCUAAACGAAGUUGGUGUAACCUUACGAGCUAUGAAUGCAGACUCGUGGCUUAAAGUUGGAAUUGAUUUUAUGGAUGUCGAAGAUAAAGAAAGAAUAACUGAAAGAGACAAAAAAAACAGCUUAUAA